GUUUGGUGCGUCCUUAUCAGAUAGGAUGAGAAGCCUUAUAUGGCCAAGAUCAGACGUGGAUCCAGGUGCUGAUUAUGGCGCUGCUGCUCUUCUCUCUCUUCCGCUUCCUCUGCCUCGCAGCCUUGCAGAGAGACGCCGCGGCGCUCACCCGCCGCUACUUCCCCGACGGGUUCAUCUUCGGCGCCGGCACCUCAGCUUACCAGGUGGAAGGGGCGGCUGCAGAAGAUGGAAGGAAGCCAAGCAUCUGGGACACCUUCACACAUCAAGGUUAUUCCCCUGACAAAUCCACUGGGGAUAUUGCAGCAGAUCAGUAUCAUCAUUAUAAGGAUGAUGUAAAACUUAUGCACAAGAUGGGUUUAGAUGCGUACAGAUUCUCCAUUGCGUGGCCGCGGCUUAUUCCAAAUGGAAGAGGAGAAAUCAAUCCAAAGGGCUUGGAGUACUACAACAACUUAAUAGAUGAAUUGAUACUACACGGCAUACAACCUCAUGUGACAAUCUACCAUUUAGAUCUCCCUCAGUGUCUUCAGGACGAAUACAAUGGACUACUCAGCCCCAGAUUUAUAGACGAUUACACUGCAUACGCGAACACCUGCUUCAAGAGCUUUGGGGACAGGGUGAAGCAUUGGGUCACAGUCAACGAGCCCAACAUCGAGACUAUAAGUGGCUUCGACGACGGCACGCUGCCACCACGGCGCUGCUCCUAUCCGUUCGGCGCGAAUUGUACCGGAGGGAACUCCACAACCGAACCUUACAUAGCCGCUCACCAUCUCCUGCUUGCACAUGCCUCGGCAGUAUCACUGUAUAGAGACACCUACCAGGUAACUCAAAAAGGACAUAUAGGAAUUACCCUCUUGGGCUUGUGGUAUGAGCCUGCUACCAAUACAUUGCAGGAUGCAGCUGCCGCAACCAGGAUGAAUGACUUCCACAUUGGAUGGUUCAUGUAUCCUUUGGUGUAUGGUGAUUAUCCACCAAUAAUGAGGAGCAGGGCCAGUGGACGGAUGCCAGGUUUGACAGUGGAGCAGUCGAAGAAACUGUCCGGAUCGUUCGACUUCAUCGGCUUCAACCACUACCCUGAUAUUCGAGCACGAGCCGAUAAGAGCGCCUUCAAUCUGGAGCAGAGGGACUACUACGCCGACGCAGCCGUAAUUUUAGAUCCGCUUGCAGAUAUUCAAGAGGGCUACGUUGAGCCUCCUUGUGCUUUAGGGAAGCUACUGGAGCACCUGAAACUCAAGUACGGAAAUCCUCCAGUCAUGAUCCAUGAAAACGGAUACGGAGACAUCCCCAAGAUCCCUAGCAAGAUCGAGUAUGAUGAUGACUACAGAUCAGAGUUCCUGCAAAAUUACUUGGAAGUUCUAUACCUGUCCAUACGGAACGGAUCGGAUGUACGGGGAUACUUUGUAUGGUCAUUUCUGGAUGUGUUUGAAAUCCUCUAUGGCAAUGUCAGGCGCUUCGGCCUGUUUGGCGUCGACAUGAACUCCAAAGAGAGGACGAGGUACAUGAGGAACUCUGCCCGCUGGUACUCUGGCUUCCUCAAUGGCGGCGAACUACGGCCGGUGUCGCCUUCCAGGAAAGCCUAUGGUGCUGCAUGAUUUGGCACACAAAUUGUUCAUUUUUCUCAAAACUCAUGUGGGAACAUAGAGUGCCUGACUUUAUACACGGAUUUGUUUUUAGAAAUUACAAAAUUUAUAUUUUA